CAUUCAGUACACGGUACUGAAUUAUGUGUGUGUGCCUUGUUUGUGUAGCACUACCGGAUCUGAACGUGCAAUCCGAUCCCAAAGAGCCGGUCUCAGGACAGCCCUUCAGCCUCAAGUGUUCUCUGCAGGGGGUGUACCCUCCCGGCUCAGUGGAGAUGCGCUGGUUACACGGGGACCGUGUCAUCGCAGGACCCGCCGGCACAGCGGAAAACGCAGACGAGGUGUUUCACAAUUACGAGCUCAGGACAAAACAGCAGCUGCACGCCACAAGUGCAGAUUACAGAUGCGAAGCAGAGUUGGUUUUACAAAACAAGUUGAUAAAAACUAAAAAACAAACACUGCCGUUACAGUUUAAAGUGGUUCCUGAGAGGCCCUCCAUUUCCACCUCUUUCCUGCGCAAGCCCUUGGGGGAGCCGGCCUCCUUCACAUGCAAGGCAGAUCCCUCCUUCAGCAUCUCCUGGGCAAGGACAGGCAGCCAGGGAGCAUGGGCCCCUCCGGGACACUGGAAUCUCUCUGUCAGCGCGGGCGUCUCGCUGGUGCUCAUAGAGAGACUGCAGCCUGGCGACAGUGGAAACUACACCUGCAUCCUCAAGAAUGAAACCACCAAAGUGACGCUCAGCAUAACCAUUGAGGUUUCCUACGCUCCUAAGAAUACCUCACUGACCCGCUCUGAGCCCUCGGUCAAGGAAGGAGACCCCCUGACCCUGACCUGCAGGGGGGACGCCAGCCCAGAGCCUCAGAUCCUCUGGACUAAACUGAACUCCACAUUACCAGACAGCUGGAUCCGCUCUACAGGCAAGGGGCAGUCCACACUGACAGCCCUCUCCCUCGCCCCCGAGCACAGCGGCACCUACCAGUGUGAAAUCAGCAACGGCAUUGGCAGGGAGACCCUGACGACAACGCUCCACGUGCUGUACGCUCCUAAGAAUACCUCACUGACCCGCUCUGAGCCCUCGGUCAAGGAAGGAGACCCCCUGACCCUGACCUGCAGGGGGGAAGCCAGCCCAGAGCCUCAGAUCCUCUGGACUAAACUGAACUCCACAUUACCAGACAGCUGGAUCCGCUCUACAGGCAAGGGGCAGUCCACACUGACAGCCCUCUCCCUCGCCCCUGAGCACAGCGGCACCUACCAGUGUGAAAUCAGCAACGGCAUUGGCAGGGAGACCCUGACGACAACGCUCCACGUGCUGUACGCUCCUAAGAAUACCUCACUGACCCGCUCUGAGCACUCGGUCAAGGAAGGAGACCCCCUGACCCUGACCUGCAGGGGGGACGCCAGCCCAGAGCCUCAGAUCCUCUGGACUAAACUGAACUCCACAUUACCAGACAGCUGGAUCCACUCUACAGGCAAGGGACAGUCCACACUGACAGCCCUCUCCCUCGCCCCCGAGCACAGCGGCACCUACCAGUGUGAAAUCAGCAACGGCAUUGGCAGGGAGACCCUGACGACAACGCUCCACGUGCUGUACGCUCCUAAGAAUACCUCACUGACCCGCUCUGAGCCCUCGGUCAAGGAAGGAGACCCCCUGACCCUGACCUGCAGGGGGGAAGCCAGCCCAGAGCCUCAGAUCCUCUGGACUAAACUGAACUCCACAUUACCAGACAGCUGGAUCCGCUCUACAGGCAAGGGGCAGUCCACACUGACAGCCCUCUCCCUCGCCCCCGAGCACAGCGGCACCUACCAGUGUGAAAUCAGCAACGGCAUUGGCAGGGAGACCCUGACGACAACGCUCCACGUGCUGUACGCUCCUAAGAAUACCUCACUGACCCGCUCUGAGCCCUCGGUCAAGGAAGGAGACCCCCUGACCCUGACCUGCAGGGGGGAAGCCAGCCCAGAGCCUCAGAUCCUCUGGACUAAACUGAACUCCACAUUACCAGACAGCUGGAUCCGCUCUACAGGCAAGGGGCAGUCCACACUGACAGCCCUCUCCCUCGCCCCUGAGCACAGCGGCACCUACCAGUGUGAAAUCAGCAACGGCAUUGGCAGGGAGACCCUGACGACAACGCUCCACGUGCUGUACGCUCCUAAGAAUACCUCACUGACCCGCUCUGAGCACUCGGUCAAGGAAGGAGACCCCCUGACCCUGACCUGCAGGGGGGACGCCAGCCCAGAGCCUCAGAUCCUCUGGACUAAACUGAACUCCACAUUACCAGACAGCUGGAUCCACUCUACAGGCAAGGGACAGUCCACACUGACAGCCCUCUCCCUCGCCCCCGAGCACAGCGGCACCUACCAGUGUGAAAUCAGCAACGGCAUUGGCAGGGAGACCCUGACGACAACGCUCCACGUGCUGUACGCUCCUAAGAAUACCUCACUGACCCGCUCUGAGCCCUCGGUCAAGGAAGGAGACCCCCUGACCCUGACCUGCAGGGGGGAAGCCAGCCCAGAGCCUCAGAUCCUCUGGACUAAACUGAACUCCACAUUACCAGACAGCUGGAUCCGCUCUACAGGCAAGGGGCAGUCCACACUGACAGCCCUCUCCCUCGCCCCCGAGCACAGCGGCACCUACCAGUGUGAAAUCAGCAACGGCAUUGGCAGGGAGACCCUGACGACAACGCUCCACGUGCUGUACGCGCCUAAGAAUACCUCACUGACCCGCUCUGAGCCCUCGGUCAAGGAAGGAGACCCCCUGACCCUGACCUGCAGGGGGGAAGCCAGCCCAGAGCCUCAGAUCCUCUGGACUAAACUGAACUCCACAUUACCAGGCAGCUGGAUCCGCUCUACAGGCAAGGGGCAGUCCACACUGACAGCCCUCUCCCUCGCCCCCGAGCACAGCGGCACCUACCAGUGUGAAAUCAGCAACGGCAUUGGCAGGGAGACCCUGACGACAACGCUCCACGUGCUGUACGCUCCUAAGAAUACCUCACUGACCCGCUCUGAGCCCACGGUCAAGGAAGGAGACCCCCUGACCCUGACCUGCAGGGGGGACGCCAGCCCAGAGCCUCAGAUCCUCUGGACUAAACUGAACUCCACAUUACCAGACAGCUGGAUCCGCUCUACAGGCAAGGGGCAGUCCACACUGACAGCCCUCUCCCUCGCCCCCGAGCACAGCGGCACCUACCAGUGUGAAAUCAGCAACGGCAUUGGCAGGGAGGCCCUGACGACAACGCUCCACGUGCUGUACGGUCCCAGGAAUAUCGGAGCUGACUCUGGAGUCAUCACAGGGAAUGAAGGCCAGCCUCUGAAAAUCAACUGCACCUGGGAUGCAAAUCCCAAGCCUGACAUCCAGUGGCUCAAACUGGGCUCGGAGAAACGGGAUCACUGGGAGAUAUCUGAAUCCGGGAAUAAAUCCCAGCUGAGAAUCAAUGCUAUGGGAUCUGAGGAUCUCGGGGUUUACACCUGUCUGAUCAGAAACAAAAUUGGGGAAAUAUGGAGGAACACAACCGUGAGAGCGACAGAUGAACAGGGAGUGCAGAGCGUGACCAUAACGAUAGCCACUGCGCUGCCAGCACUGGGCUUGUCAAUAUUCGCAGCCCUUGUGGGUUGGCUGAGAAAGAACAGACAGUCUACGCUCAGUAUAAACCCAUAAGUGAUUGCAUGCUCUUCCCCUAAUUUACCUUGUUUCAAUGGUACAAUGGUGCUGGCUACAGUAAGACACCGUGCCUUGACCUCCGCACACCCCCUCCACCCCAUUCCUGUCUGCCAUUCACCUGGAUGGUCAGCUGGGCAGUGACUGUGAUGGGGGGGGGGGGCUAAGUUUUGUGUUUCGUUAUCAGAACAUCUCAGAAUGCAGGCAUUGAGACUUGCGCACUAUAAUCAGCGCAGACUUUGAUCUGAUUCAAUCCACUGUGGCGAGGAAGACUGGGCCAUCGAACUGAUAACAUCUAAUCUCAGUGUAAAACUUCGGCUUUCUUUAACAUUCUCUAUUUCCAAAGAUGUGUAAAUAUUUUAAUUGUAUGCCUUUGCUUGUUGCUGUACAUACUGUUGUGAAGGAAUAAUGCUGAGUUCUUGCAGAACAAGUUAGUGUGUGUUACCAUCUGUGCCUUAGUUAUUUCACAACUGCCAUACUAAAUAUGUAUUCUCAUAUCGUUUACAUUUUUUUAUAUAGAGUGGUUCCGAGAAUGGGUGUCACUCCAGGGGAUGCUUAUCAAGUCAAUAACAAAACCUUAUCACAUUAUUCAGCAAAACACUGCAAUUACAUUUUUCUCUGGACUAAUACUGUGGAAAAUAAUAUGGUAGAUCAAAUUGAAAUAGUAUCGUUUUGAUUUUUGUUUUGUUAAAAAAUUUGGUUACUUUCCAAAACUGGGAUGCGUUUUUUUCUGUCAAAAUAUGUAUAGUAGUAACUGGACAGUACAUGCACACUUCAGUUGUCAUAAUUCUGUUUUAAAUCCUCCGUAUCUUAACUGUAACACAGCUUUAAAUCCCAUGAACAACCCUCCAUUGCUGAGUAAGCUCGUUUUAAAUCUCGCAAGCGGAGUCUUCAGUAGAAAUUUUUGGUAGCUGGGGUAUUCAGAGCGAAUCAACGAUCAAUACAAGUCAAGAUGUAAUUUUUUUAGUAGUAGUUUUUUAAUGGGAAAGGAGUUGUCAGCGUGAAUUGACUAACUAUUUCCACAGUUUUCCGGUGUUUUCCAGUGUUUAUUGGCUACACACCAAUUUCAUUUUUUUGGGUCCGGAGGUGUUUUAGCAGUUUUAGUCCUACAUAUAACCUAACAUGCAUCAUUAAAAUUGACCGAUCAAUCACUAGCACCGAUCAAUAAAUCAAUAUAUUAGUGGGACUGGAUUGAAUCAGGGCACCCUGAUCAUUGAGAGAAAUCUGCUGAAAGAGCCUUAAUUGGAUUGCACAUUUAUUAACACCUAAGUGUGCCAGGAAUUUACACUCCAGGCUAUGGUAACACAACACAUGCACCAAACAUCAGAAGAUGCAGGACAGGCAUUUUAUUGCGAGCUGCAUGGCGGACAUACAUUUGUAUAGCUGGCCAUGGCAAUAGAUGAAAUAGUUCAGUCCUGAAUGGGUGCAAUAGAAAACUAUUUGAAAGCAAAGCCUUUUAUAUUUGAUUUACUGGUAUAGUGUCAUGUGAUACGAUGUAAGAUUUUGGUCUCCCUUUUGACAGGUAGAUUCAUAUAUUUGUAUUUUACCAAAAGGGACUGGGAAUGGACAGCGCAACUGUAAUCAUUACUGUUUUUUUUUUUUUUGCUUGUGUGUGUAUGUUGUGACUAUUUUUUAUAUAAGAAAUGCUAUACUGUCUUCAUAGCUUUUUACCUUGUGGAUUAUUGCUGUUUAACGUUGCUGUGUGAUCACCAACUAACAUUGCAUUGACAACAGAGACAACCCUGCUGUUAUUUAGUCAUCAGUUUUAAACAGAAUUCCUGGAUGGCUGUUGUCCAGUCUGCAGUUACAAAGCAGGCCUGGUUGGCUUUCCAGUUUGUUUGAAUAGCGAAAGCUGCAGGCACACAUGAUGCAUCUGUUAUUCUGAUAACAUUUCACAGGACAUGUGUCAAAGCCUACCUGUGUGUGUGUCACACUGAUAUUGUGAGCACUGUAGGUGAGGCGAGGUUGCAAGUGUUGUAACUGCUCAGGAAAGAGAGUCCGGUUGCCGAUUUGUAGGCGGCCUCAGUCUGAUACAUAAACCCUAUUUUGAGUACUGUAUGGGGCAUCACAGCUCUAUUAUAAUAAACAGAUUUUGGUACAGUAGUAGACUUCUUCGAAUAAUCUCACCUUCUACACCAACAACUGAAAGGCAUCUAGCUUCGGGGGUUGGGCUGUGGUUUGAAGGCUGCCUGCAAGCCCUGUUUUGAUGAGGCGCUGUGCCACUCCCUAACCGGUCAGCUCACACCUCAGGAUGUUUUUUCCUUUUCGCUUUUCCCAGACGUGCGUUUAGAAGACAAA